ACUCCUCCAUUAAAAUAAUGCCACAACAACCCAAAGCAUAUUUGAGUCAAACAUUUCGGCAUUUCCUCUUCAACUUACUCCACUUGCUGUUCCAGACCAAAUAUUCAAAGCUUUCCCACGUGAUUUGAUGCAUGUUUCCCCUUUCCUUUGACCAGUUGUUAAUACUCUUGCUCCACUUGCUGUUCCGCACCAAAUAACUCUAUCAACAAACCACAACUUUCGGCAAGAAUACUUUUUUCCUUUCUCCAAGUGAACACUCUUUUCCUUUCUCCGAUGGCAGAAAGAGUCCUCUUCAACAUUGCACAAGGGAUCAUUCAAAGGUUGGGCUCCCAUGCUUUUGAAGAGAUUGGAUUGAUUUGGGGUGUCGAAGAUGAGCUCCGAAAGCUUAAGGAAAAAGUUGCCCAACUCCAGGCUGUUCUUCUUGAUGCUGAGCAAAAACAAGCCAACAAUAAUGAAGUCAAAGUGUGGUUUGAAAGCGUAGAAGAUGCAGUUUAUGAAGCUGAUGACGUGCUCGAUGAGUUUCAUACUGAAGCCCAGUGGAGACAAAUGGUAUCUGGAAAUAAUACUGUUUCAAAGCAGCUGCAGUACAGUUCUAUAGGCACAGCAGGUGCAGCACAAACCAACAUCACCACGGACCAGUCUGCUCUUCUUGCUCUCAAAUCUCAUAUCCCUAGUGACCCUCACAACAUCUUGGUCAACUGGUCAACCACCACCUCCGUUUGCAAUUGGGUUGGAGUUACUUGUGGCGCUCGCCACCUCAGAGUUUCAGUCUUGAACCUCUCUUACAUGGGACUUUCCGGCACCAUUCCUCCACCCCUCGGCAACCUCUCAUUUCUUGUGGAGCUGGACUUAAGAAACAACAGCUUUCAUGGCACCUUGCCCAAGGAAUUGUCCUAUUUGCAUCGCCUGAAGUUUAUUAACUUCGGAUACAACAAUUUUAUGGGAUCCAUUCCAUCGUGGUUUGGGUCCUUCCCCAAACUUCAAAACUUUUCUUUGUAUGGCAAUCAGUUUUCAGGUUCCAUACCCACGACUAUUUUCAACUUAUCAACAUUGCAAUUACUUGAUCUAGGGGCUAACAAACUAUCAGGUGCAAUACCUAGAGAAAUAGGGAACUUAACAAUGUUGAAGGCGAUACGCCUUGACUCCAACAAAUUCAACGAAAUUCCACAAGAGAUCAGCUUUUUACAUCAGCUGGAGAAGUUGUAUGUGCAAUUCAAUGCCCUAAAAGGCCCUGUUCCUGUGGCUAUUUUCAACAUGUCUUCUUUGACUACGUUGACUCUAUUUAGAAACAGCUUGAGUGGUGGUCUUCCAGACAAUAUAUGGCAAUGCACAAAGCUUCUUACACUAUCACUGGGGGAAAACAAUUUCAGUGGAAGCAUACCAAAAAAUAUUGGGAACUCAACAAUGAUGAAGGAGAUAUUCCUUAACUACAAUACUUUGACUGGCACUAUACCAGACAAGAUCGGUGAUCUUCCAAAUUUAGAGAUUUUGUCAUUUGUAGGUAACAAUCUCAAUGGCCCCAUCCCAUCCUCAAUCUUCAAUAUCUCCACGAUAAGAGAAAUGUCGCUUUCUUUUAAUCACCUAUCGGGUAGCCUCCCAGCAAACAUAGGCCUUGGGCUUCCAAACCUACAACGCCUUUAUAUAGCAGCAAAUGACCUCAGUGGAGUAAUCCCCAACCUCUCCAAUGCUUCUAUGCUCGCGAGGAUAGAUUUGGGCCACAACUCAUUUACCGGGUUUCUUCCAAGCACGCUAUGUGCCUUAACAAACCUUCAGUCGCUUAGGUUACCCAAUAAUAAUUUGACGAUUGAUACUUCGACUCCAGAAGCAAACACUCUCUCUUGUUUGGCUAAUCUUGGAAAUUUGACAAGAAUAUCCAUGGCCGCUAAUCCGUUUAAUGCCAGACUUGAUGAUUCCUUUCGGAAUUGCUCUACAUCGCCGCUUCAAUAUAUUUAUUUAUACAAUUGCAACAUGAGGGGUAACAUUCCCAUUGGUAUUGGCAACUUGAGCGGCUUGAUAAACUUAAAUCUGGGAUACAAUCAAUUGAGUGGAUCAAUUCCAACUUCAUUGGGAAGACUAGGGAAUCUCCAAGCUUUGUUCUUGAAUGAUAACAAGUUGCGAGGGUACAUCCCCUACCAACUUUGUCAAUUAGAUAACCUAGCUUACUUAUAUUUGGGUAGUAAUAAGCUCUCUGGAUCUAUACCUUCCUGCUUGGGAAAUCGAACCGCGUCUCUAAGAAAUCUAUCACUGGAGUCCAAUUCGUUGAGUUCCACAAUACCAUCUACUUUUUGGAGACUUGCCUAUAUCUUGCAUGUAAACUUAUCAUCCAAUUCUCUAAUUGGACCUCUCUCACAAGAUAUUGGAAACUUGAAAGUUGUCCUAGAGGUAGAUUUAUCAAAUAACCAUUUAUCUGGUAUUAUACCAAGCACUAUUGGGGUUCUUCAGAAUUUGGCUAAUCUCUCCUUGGCAAAUAAUAAUUUAGAAGGUCCUAUUCCAAGUGCAUUUGACGGCUUGCUAAGCCUGGAACAAUUGGAUUUAUCUAGAAACAAUCUGUCUGGAGUGAUUCCCAAGUCUUUAGAAGCUCUGUCACUUCUCAAGUAUAUGGAUUUGUCUUUCAACAGGCUCCAAGGAGAAAUUCCAACUGGUGGACCCUUCCAAAACUUCUCCGCUCAAUCAUUUGUCUCAAACAAAGCACUCUGUGGUGCAGCCCGACUUCAGGUUCCACCAUGCAAAAAUGAUACACCUGAACCAAAUUGGAGGAAAGCUAAAAUUAUCAUCCCAUUGAUCAUAUCAGUAAUUCUCUUUGUGGCCUGUAUAUCUAUCUUUGUACUACGCAGGAAAAGGAAUGUGGAAGUUGCAAGAGAGGCUACCUCGUUGCCUCAACUUCUUUGGAGAAGAGUUUCACAUCUAGAACUUCUAAGGGGCACAAAUGGAUUUAAUGAAAACAACCUACUUGGAAAGGGGGGUUUUGGUUCAGUAUAUAAAGGGACACUUUCAGAUGGAAUAGAUGUUGCAGUAAAGGUUUUUAAUUUACAGCUAGAAGGGGCUUUCAAGAGUUUUGAUAGGGAAUGUGAAAUGCUAAGCAAUAUUUGUCAUCGAAACCUUAUCAAAAUCAUCAGCUGUUGCAGUGAAGUUGAUUUCAAAGCCUUGGUACUCAAAUACAUGCCUAAUGGGAGCCUUGAGAAGUGGUUGUACUCUCAAAAUUCUCUGAAUAUCUUACAUAGGUUGAACGUAAUGAUAGAUGCUGCAUCUGCACUGGAAUACCUACACCAUGGUUAUUCAAUACCUAUUGUGCACUGUGAUAUGAAGCCAAGCAAUAUACUACUGGAUGAUGAUAUGGUUGCACAUGUUGCUGAUUUUGGAAUUUCAAAACUCUUGGGUGGAGGAGAUUCUAAUACCCAAACCAUGACUCUAGCCACUGUUGGGUAUAUGGCUCCAGAGUAUGGAUUGGAAGGAAUGGUUUCAACAAGAGGGGAUGUGUACAGUUUCGGAAUUGUAGUGAUGGAAACAUUCACAAGAAGGAAGCCAACAGAUGAGAUGUUUGAUGGGGAAAUGAAUAUAAAGCAAUGGAUUGCAAACUCACUAGUAUUACCAGAUGGAAAGAUAGAUGAAGUUGUGGAUGCCAACUUGCUUGGGAUUGGGGCAGAGCAGGAAGAUGAUGAUCUUGUGAGGAAGAGGGAUUGCAUAUUAGCCAUUAUGAGAUUAGCUCUUACUUGUUGUGCAGAAUUACCAGAAGAAAGGAUAAGUAUGAAAGAAGUUGUAGCCACACUCAACAAAAUCAAGACAAAGUUUUUGAAGGAAGCUGCUGCAAGAAGAGGUGUGCUGUUAAACCGUCCUCUUGUUUAGCAACGCUUCAAUUAAUGGGUCAUAUCCUAUGACAUGUAUUUCAUGCACUUUGAUUUGAUUCAAUUUCAGUCUUUUAUUUAGACAAUGUAGAGGAAGGCAUGCCAUUUUAUUUCAGACUAAUUUUAUGG